AUGGAUCAACAGGCCCACAACGGCCAGUCAUCCUCGACGCCCAGUCAUGGCAAGGAGCAACAGCCUGAUAUAAACCAAACGGGUCUCGCGCUCUCGGAACCCGGAGUGGGUGGCCCGGAGGACUCGUCCGUCGGCUUGGGUCUAGAUCUCGAUGCUCGACCGCAGCAACAACGGUCAAGCUUGACAUUUCCCGGUACCUCGGACUCGGGUUUCGACUCAUUUGGCUCGAGCACUGACCUUCUCGAUUCGCGGCAAGCAUUCAGCCAAGCGAGCGUCUCUGAUCCGGCUGCCUUCGAUCCUGGCGCUGGUUUUGCCCAUAGGCCCGCCUCCGCUCCAGGUGCCGACGGCGCAUUGUCCUUUGAUACCCAGUCGCAAUCGACGACGGCGUACAUGUCUCCAAAUCUCAACGACGGGGACUUUUCUCUCUUCCCACCGGGCAACCAGGGUGAUCAGUUCAACGCCCCGCUCUUUGAGCCGUCAAGCCUCGACCCGAAUGGCAUUAAUAGCAUGGCCUCUCCUCCAUCCCAUCACACACCCAUCCCUCCAAAUCUUCUCCAGCCAGACAGCCUCCAGCCUGCUUCUGCUCACCAGUCGCCUCCCUUCGGCCGGCAUCACCAAUUUUCUCCUCCGCAAAGCAGCCAUUCAAGGAACGCUUCCCUGGGACCAGAGGCUGCCUUGCUCCCGAACCAGAUUGGCGACUGGGCACAGCAACCUCAGUUCCAGGGCCACCGCCGCAGUCCCUCCGAAUACUCGGAUGUCUCGUCCGUCUCGCCGUCUCCGAAUUUGGCCAGCGCAGACUCGUUUGAUGACCAUCCAGGCCACUCGCCUUUGCAAAGAGCCUCGGACGGCAGUCUCUACCAAGACGUCUUGAACAUUGAGUCCUUUAGCAUCGGCGACAACAUACAACACGGCAGAAGCCCUUCUCACAGCCCGGCCAUAAGUCCAAGAAUAAAUCCUCAGCAGAUGCCUGACAUGAAUCAACCAGUAUUCGUUCUAGCACCCCCGAGCGGCGGCUUUGGCGGCGGCAUGGGUUACCACAGCAUGCAACCUACGUCAUUUCCUUCACUGGCUUCGCAAGAGCGAGGCGACAUCUCUCACAUGGCGCCGCCGGCCAUCAAUAUCGAUUUCGCGCCCAACAAUGCAAAGCAAGGUCCUUACGAAUCUGUCAAGCCUCGCAUUGACCAGGACUCCUUGACGCCGCCACCUGAUAGAGGUCGACCUAAAUCACGACCUCGGUCUGUUACAGACCCUUUCCGUCCAGGCGGCGUUGCCUUCGGUCGGCCCCAAAACUCCGCCAGCCUUUCGCCAACUUCUCAGCUGUCUGCUCGGUCCGAGUCCUCCCGCUCUCCGUCAGCCUCAAAACGACAGUCUGUUUCGUCACCCUCGCGUAGACGCCAGUCUACGUCUUCCGUUCCCAACAACGCCAUCGCCUUGCGCUUGGCUGAUCCCGAGUAUCAGAAUAGUCCAGAGUCAGGCACUGCAAAGCGCGUCCAAAAACACCCCGCUACAUUCCAAUGUACGUUGUGCCCCAAAAGGUUUACACGAGCAUACAACCUGCGAUCUCACCUGCGGACUCAUACCGAUGAACGCCCCUUUGUAUGCACGGUUUGUGGGAAGGCAUUUGCUCGCCAGCACGACCGCAAGAGACACGAGAGCCUUCAUUCUGGAGAAAAGAAGUUUGUGUGCAAAGGAGAUCUGAAAGGCAGUGGUCAGUGGGGCUGCGGCAGACGCUUUGCCCGUGCCGACGCUCUCGGCCGUCAUUUCCGUUCUGAAGCUGGCCGUAUUUGCAUAAAGCCGCUGCUGGAUGAGGAGAUGGUCGAGCGACAGAGAGAAUGGCAGGAACAACGACUUCAACAAGACAUUGCCCAGAAUAUGGCCCCACAAGUGACACUGGACCCAGCAACUGGCUAUCCCAUGGAUUCCAGUGGAAACUACAGUCUGCCCGCGGCCUUGUUGCAGCAGUAUCCUGCUUUGGCCCAGAUGAAUUGGUCUGCCCCUGACGCAGGGGGUGCAAUGGAGGAUGAUCUAAGCGGUCGGUCGUCGUUCGAUGCCAGCGACUACGAUGAAGCCGAAGAGACGGGCUAUGUCAGCGGAUCCGGUACAGGGUAUGGAGAGGGUGGUUUGGGCCAAAACUUCGGAGAAAUUGGCUAUGCUAGCGAUUUUGGUGGAUGCUGA